CUCCAUCACCUCCACCACCUCCAUCACCUCCAUCAUCGUGCUGCUGUACAAACCCCCAAUCGUUGGUUUCAAAAAGUGUGGCGGCCCUCGCACUGAUGAUGUCCUAUCGUCGAAAGUGUGCCACCCCCCCCUCCCCUCUGCAAAUGUAUGAAGAACACUUGAGUUUAUCCAUGCUGCGGUGUGCUGGUGAGAGUAGCGAUGGUCGUAGUUGUGGUCGUAACGGUGAAUGUAGCGUAGCGGCAAGCUCGCUGUCCCAAAGUUUGAUUCCUGCUCGACGAUUAUCGGCCUCAAAUAAGUGCCUGGUGCGGUGGGUAAAAACACCGUCACUUGGGAGACAAAAGCGGCCGGGCGGGGUGACUGUGCAACAGAUGCGGCAACUAGCGGAAGAAAAAGACCCUCUUACAAUCAGCGCUCGUAGCUGCCAUAAAUUUCGACCUUGCAGGCUCCUUACAGGUGAUAUAAAAGAGUCACUGUAAGCCAAGCUCGCUCAUCCACCGCGUGUUCCGCUUUUGGGGGCUAUUGUUUAUCGUGGGUGAGAUGAUGUUGAGUAAAUAUUCCAGGAGGCAACGUCUCAACGUCUGGGCACUUCGCCCGGCUCCGGUGAGUCUCAGGGCAGCGUGUGGUUUGCAGAGACUCGCAGUCACACGGAGGUCUAUCGAGUCACACAGCAGCGAGCAGCAGGAGCAGCAGCAGCAGCAAGCGGCUUCAUCUCAAAGACAGAGCCGCACUCACGCAGCCUAACACAGACUCGUUGUGGGCAAGUGCCGGUGAGUGAGUGAGGGAGAGAAGAGGGCGGACAAGGCGCACGAGGGAGGCGAGGUUUGGUCGCAACUCGACAGCACCACCACCACCACCACGCCGCGGACGCCUUUUGGGCUCCCCGGAGCGGAUUUUUAACAUCGGGGUUACAGCGCGGAGAUUGGUGAUGGGCGACGAUGGUGGUUCUGUUUGGAGACAAAUAGCCUAUUCCGGUGGCGAACAUUCCACAUUCCCAUGACGGGAAUGCGUAUAUACUUUGGACGAGAACUUCACCGCCUUUCAUUCAACACGGCCCUGUAGAGCUGAACACGUCCACAUAUAAAAAAAACACACACGCAUACAGACGCGCGUGUACGCACACCCACGCGAAUACGCCGCGUGCACAAGAGACGAAGAUCCCCCGUGUAGCCUUAACGGACUGUUGGGGCAUAGUGCCGUCAGCGAGCAGCACCGAUAAAGCACACGAGGGGGUUGGGGUUGGCCAGCGAGCGCCACGCCAGGCCACAACACCACACACACGCGCGCUGUGACUCCCUCCGUGCGUCCCUUCCAAGCGUCCCCUUUGCCAGAGCAGCUCGCGACCACCCGCCAAGCCAAGCAUGCAUCGCAACUCAAGUACCACCGCCGCCACGUCGCUGAGCUCGCAGCUCGGCAAUCUCGCGGACUUCAAGUCCACCUACCUGCCCGCGAUCUACAGCUUCGUGUUCUGCGUGGGCCUUCUCACGAACGUCGCCGCCAUCUGGGCCUGCUGCCGCCGCGCCAGGCCCUGGAACGGCCUCGCGGUCUACACCUUCAACCUGGCGCUGGCCGACCUCCUCUAUGUGACUUCGCUGCCGCCCUUCAUCCACUACUACACGCACGGCUCCGCGUGGAUCUUCGGCGACUGGCUGUGCCGCGCGGGCCGCUUCGUCUUCCACGUGAACCUCGGCGGCAGCGCCCUGUUCCUCGCGUGCGUCAGCGCGCACCGGUACGCCGGCAUCGUGCACCCGCUCUGGUCCAGGGGCCGGCUGCGGCCCGGCACCGCCAGGGCGGUGAGCGUGGCGGUGUGGGCCCUCGUGGCGAUCCUCCUGCUGCCCACGUUCCACUUUGUUCGAGAGGGACCCGCGGGAGGCGACGGCGCGGCGGCGAAGACGUCGCCGCCGCCGUCGCCGUCGCCGUCGCCGCGGGACCUCGUCAAGUGCUACGACAGCGCGAGCGACGCCGACCUGUUCGUCUACCUGCCCUACAGCGUGGCGCUGUCGGUCGUCACCUUCGCCGUGCCCUUCGCCGUCACCUUCGCCUGCUACGGCUUCGUCGCCUCCACGCUGCUCGGCAACCGCAGCGUGGGCGCCGGCGUGCGGCGCCGCUCCCUCGCGCUCGUCGCCGUCGUCCUCCUCCUCUUCUCCGUCAGCUUCCUGCCCUACCACGUGACGCGCAACCUCAACCUGGCCUCACGCCUCUACCUGCGGCGGGCGGACGCGGCCGCCAACCGCCGCAUCUACGCCGCCUACCAGGUGUGCCGGGGCCUGGCCAGCCUCAACAGCUGCUUCAACCCCAUCGUCUACUUCCUGGCCAGAGAAGACGUGCGCUCGUCCAUCAGGCGCGGCGCCAUUCGGGUCGCCGCGCUGCCCCGCGGGACCCCCCUGCUGGGCAGGAAGACGGUGGCCGUGGCCGUCGAGGGUGGUGUCGAUGACGCGGACAAGGGGGAGGAGGAGGAGGAGUGCUCCUUCGUGUAA